AUGGCCAGAGUGAAUGCGCCAAGUCACCUCGAUUUCCAAUCCUAUAUCAACAACUAUGCUGGGCGUACGGCCAUCGACCGUGCUAUUUACAUUAGCGAGCAUUGCGACAGCUUAGAGGUGGAAUCUUUGCAAUGGGCGGCCAACGCCAUCAAGAACAACACGCGAGAUACGAACAAGUACUCGACUUGUAUGACACAACUCAACGAAGCAUGCAAGAAGCGUGGGUUGGGUGCUAUCGAGGUGGAUCAAGCAUGGUUGGCUACAACGCAACGUGAAAACGAGGCGAUACUCGAAAGUCUGGAUGUUGAACUCAAAGGAUACAAGAAUAACAUGAUCAAAGAGAAGAUUCGAGAUUGUAUGACUCGACAAGGUGAUUGCUACUAUCAGGCUGGUGAUUUUACCAAUGCUAUCAAAUGUUACAUCCGAACACGGGAUCAUUCCACCACCAGUGCACACACUCUCGACACAUGUUUCAAUGUAAUCAAGGCGAGUGUGAGCCAAGGCAACUUUACCCAUGUCAGCAGCUACGCCAACCGUGCUGAGGCAGUAUCAGCUAUACAAAAGAAGGAAUUGGUGCAAUCCAAGUUGGAAGCUUGCCGUGCGCUUGUAUCGCUUUAUCACAAGGAGAAAUACAGCUCAGUAGCCGAUGCUCUCACCAAAGUGACCUUCGAAUUGGGCAACAGUUUCAAUGAUAUUAUCUCGGCGAAUGAUAUUGCAGUAUACGGUGGAUUAUGUGCAUUGGCGUCCUAUGAUCGACAAGAGCUUAAGGCCAAGGUGCUCUCCAACUCAUCUUUCAAGAGCUAUUUGGAAUUGGAACCUCAAAUUCGAGAGAUGAUUGAUGCAUUCUAUCAUGCCAAGUAUUCGGUGUGUCUUGAGUUACUAGAAAGUUACAGGAACGAUUAUUUGCUUGACAUGUAUCUUGCACCCCAUGUGCCUGCUUUAUUCAAAUUGAUCCGUGAAAAGGCGCUUGUACAGUAUUGCAUUCCUUAUGGAAAAGUGGAUUUGCAGCGUAUGGCCACAGCAUUCCAAACCAGUGUACCCGGCCUUCAAAAGGAACUAGCAAACUUGAUUGGCGAAGGUGACAAGAUUUCUGCACGUAUCGAUAGCCAUCAAAAGAUCCUUAUCUCCAAGAAGCGUGACCAACGACAACAGGCCUUGAAACGGUCAAUGAAGGCUGGAUCAGAUUAUGAGAAAGCAACCAAAGCGCUGAUGUUAAGGAUGAAGCUUUUAAAAGCAGAUAUGAUUGUCAAGUCCAAUUAA